AUGGAGCCAUCUCAGCUCGAGAUAUCAUUUGCUUCAAGCACAAAGUGGAAACCAGUACUAAAAACACUGUCUCUUGAGGAUGGUUUGCAUGAAGUUGAGGUUAAUGUUGAUGAAGAUGCAUCGAGUAGGUUCUGCGAUCGAUGCACGUUUCAGAACAGUUGGGGUGACAAAGAGUGUAAGGUGUGUUUUAUCCCUUUUGAUUGUGUUCCUCCUACUCCUCCUUCUUCUGUGGAUUUUGGUAACAACAACACUUGA